CAUGCUAUGAGUUCUGACUGCUCUAUUUCUCUGCUCAUUCACACAUUAUUGUUUUGGUCUUCAUGCUACAGGCGAUGAGGUUUGCUUUGACAGGCUCGGGUGCUUCACGGAUGAUAUACCAUGGUCCGGGACUACGGAAAGGCCAGUCUACAAAUUACCCUGGAAACCAGAGAAAAUAGACACUCACUUCUACCUGUACACUAGAGAAAACAUGGAUGACUCUCAGGACGUGUCUGCUGCUGAUAAGUCGACAAUCGAGGUCUCAAAUUUUAAUGCAAGCAGAAAGACCAAAUUCAUUGUGCAUGGAUUUAUAGACAGUGGAGAAGAAAACUGGCUGUCAGACAUGUGCAAGAGGAUGCUUACUGUGGAAGAUGUGAACUGCAUCUGUGUGGACUGGAAGAAAGGUGGAAGGUGUCAGUACACCCAGGCAUCGAACAACGUCCGUGUCGUGGGCGCUGAAAUCGCUUAUUUUAUAAAUGUUCUCAUGGAUGACUAUGGCUACUCUCCAGCUGACGUUCACAUCAUCGGGCACAGCCUGGGAGCGCACGUGGCGGGCGAGGCCGGCCGGAGGCGCCCGGGCAUCGGCAGGAUAACGGGACUGGACCCUGCACAACCUUAUUUUCAAGGCACUCCAGCUGAAGUCAGACUGGACAAAUCUGAUGCAGACUUUGUUGACGUUAUCCACACAGACUCGGCUCCCACAAUCCCCAACUUAGGUUUUGGCAUGAGACCAGCUGUUGGACACAUUGACUUUUAUCCAAAUGGAGGAGAGGAGAUGCCGGGGUGUGAGAAGAACCCUGUCUCCCAGAUUGUAGAUCUUGAUGGCAUCUGGGAAGGGACUCGGGACUUCGUGGCUUGCAAUCACUUGCGGAGUUACAAGUACUACUCGGACAGUAUCAUCUACCCCGACGGAUUUUUAGGCUACGCUUGCGCUUCAUAUGAUCUUUUCCAAUCAGGGAGCUGUUUCCCGUGCCCAAAAGAGGGAUGCCCAAAUAUGGGUCACUAUGCAGACAAAUUCAAGGGCAAAUUUCAAAGUGACUUCGUGAAACUUUACCUGAAUACUAAAGAAAACAAGGAUUUUCCUCUUUGGAGGUACAAGGUAACCGUGACCCUCUCUGGAAGGAGGAAAGUAAAUGGAUAUGUAAAUGUUGCCCUGUAUGGCAAUGAUGGGAACACAAAGCAGUACCAGAUCACCAAGGGUGCCCUCAAACCAGACAACACUUACACAGCCUAUAUUGAUGCAGAAGUUGAUGUAGGAGAAAUUACCAAGGUUAAAUUUCUUUGGAACAACAACUGGAUUAACCCAACUCUUCCGAAACUGGGAGCUGCAACUAUCACAGUACAAGUUGGAAAAACUGGAAAGGAGUACCGUUUCUGCGGCUCUGGCACCGUGAGGGAGGACAUUCUGCAGACUCUGACUACUUGCUGAUUGCAUGUUCAGAUCCCCAGAUCCUUGCUACCAAUAAAAU